AUGCCAUCAAAUUGUGGUGUUCUCGACAUUCCUGCUCUGGCCAGGACCACUUGGGAGCUCUACAAUCAGUUUUACCCUUUGUCUAAAGAUGCACCAGAUGGAUUUCGAAGCUUGAUUAACGAUUUGGGGUCGCUACAAGGCAGCCUGCGAACGCUCAGUGAAGAUGUGAGCUCAAAUGCAUUCUUUUUCCAGGAGAUGGAUACAGGUCGAAAACAAGCACUAGAAAGAUGUCUUAGCGCUUGCUACCAAACACUCCAACGCCUCAAAUCAAUUCUUGGACGAUACCGCGACUUGGGUAUUGGAGAAGGCCAUACGUUCUGGCAAAGGAUUAAAUGGUCCACCCAGAGGGCUCAGAUUGAAGAUAUUCGGUCUAAAGUCAUUGUCCAUACGUGUAAUUUGAGUCUUUGCAUGAGCUCCAUUGGAUAUGCAUCUCUCGCUCAGUUAGAGCAAACAAUAGCGCAAGCAAUGGAAGACGAUGAGCACGCCAUGUAUGCCACGGAGGCAUCUUUUAGGCAGGACUCCGAUACUCUCACCUCCCCCCGAGGCAUCAGAGAAAGUGUGUCCGAAGACGCAAGCGAGGAUGAUAAAUACCACUCUGAUCGCCUCCACGUUGCUCCGCUUCGUCAAGCAAGACAUGGCAGCGGUAAACCGAGAAAUACAUCGAUCUCCUCCGAGUCUAUAGUUUCCGGAUCUGACGGGUCGAUUUUUGGAGGGACUACACCUACUUCUUCCACCUCUUUCAAUACAACCCGUUCCCCUUCGCAGAGCAUGAUGGGCAGAAUAAGCCUCUCUCGGAGCAGGUGCGAGCAGCUCUCCGACGGAACGAUUGACGGUCGAACCCACGAAAAGGUAUCUUGGGAAGACAAUUCGGACAUUCAAGAUAAGCAGAGCUUGCUGGAGAGAAGCAGCGAGGGCUCCCAAGAAAACUCCCACCCUCGGGUUCUAGAAGCCGUUUCAAACGCCAUGCAUCAGUUACGCCAGGUUCGCCUCAAGGCACAACUUGCACGACCAAUUAGGUAUGAGCCACAGAAUUCGGCACACACGCCAAUACCAGAAGUUAUCUAUUUAUUCGAGGUUUCCGUCAACGAAGAGCUCCGGGUCAGACGACUUAUUACGCGAGAUUGGCUACGAGUUUCUACCUGGUGGCUAUUGAAAGCCCGUGCAACUCUCGCCAACUGCAGCAGGAGUAACUAUAUUAGCGCACGGGGCAGUUUGAGCCCGUCGACAGACUCGGCUUCGAGCUCUCACCAGGCCUACGUCGACCUGCUGAAAGCAUCGUAUAUUCUUUAUGACGUUGUUCUGAAAGACGAGAGCUCCGCUGCUCUCCUGACCGAUGAGAAUCGCAAAUCAAUUGCGGAGCUUUCAGAGGGUAUCACCUACGAGCUUUCCCAGUAUACCACCCUCGACACACCUAACACGGAAAAUAUCCUUACGCAAAAUUGCGCCAUUUGGGAGUCUCUGCAGCCAGAAGAAACGCCUGAUAGCGGUGGGGAUCUUUCAUUUGGCCUUGAUAAUGCACGAUGGGUAUCCGUUGAUCAAGAAGAUGCCGGUGCUGAGGAAGAAAACGUUCUCUUCAGGACAUUUGUCAACGCUGGUAUUGGAGGUAAAAAGUUCCGAAUGCGCUCUAAAGGUGCCCCUUACAUGCUCUUGUUAGCUACCCAAGAGGGUGAAAGUGAGCCCAAGAUCAUUCUGUGCAAUCAAAGUGGAUCGCUUUACCUUCAAAGGAACUUCGUGCCCGACGAUCUGCCGCCAAUGAUCCAACUCGAAAAUGCUACAAGGGCUGGAUUCCCAGACACUCGAAUUUCAAAUCCAUUACAGUUCAAGUUCGAUAACAUGAGCGUUUCAAUAUCCUUCCAGUUUGAGUCAGAUCUAGGGAAUUUCAUCAACAUCCCGAAGACUUACUUUGAUGCCGUCUGGCUGAGAGAACCAAUCGAUUCUCGGGACUUUACCGAAAGCGUCAUAUUCAAGGGAUCUGUUGAAAUUUUGGAACAGCUGAAACCUCCAACUAUGAAACCCCUGAAUCCGCCAGUCACCAUAGGGUCCUGCGAGAUUCGUAUCCUGGAAAGAGCCUUUGGGGAAGCUUGGCGGUCUACUCGAAGAGUAGUAAUUACCCCAUCCAUUGCACAAGCAAUGCCACGAUGUCUGGAGUUUUUUAUGCCAUUAAGUGGUGUCCAAAUUAAACACGAGGACAAGUCUCGCCAAGUUCUCCUCAAAUGGUCUGAUGCCUGUCAGGAACGAUCGGACAAAACAGAUGGAAAUUACAAUACUCUUUACUCGUAUAUUUACGACCGAAGCGCUCCAAAUCUCGGAUUCAGUCUCAGUUUUGGAACACAGCAAACCGCUGAGGAUUUCGAAAAGGCAGUGAUGGAUCUGAGCUUCCGACCGGACUUUUCGUGGUCAGAGCCUAGUAGUUCCGGUCGCAUCUACGAUGUCGUUGAUGCUGGAACUGAACAUAAACAAUACAAAGCAGUUGCCUUAUUCCAGAAUAAUCCAUCAUGGCGAUAUCUUGAUGUUUACUACAUCUAUCGCAAUGCCGAUUACGCCUACGAGCAUUCAUCUCUCAGUAUCCGAUUCCCUGCCAUCUCCCAUACGGAUUAUAUCUCUACGCAUGCUGAUCAGCUUUAUCGUGCCGAUGAACCAGUUGGAUUCUCUCAUUGUGAGAAGAAAUCUCAAAAGCUGGUAAUUCAUUUUGAUAAUGAGCCUGUCUCUCGCUCGUUUCUCAGUGCACUCUCGCCUCUAUACGAGCUCGUCUUCUCUCGCCGGAUUCAAUCACUUUCAACCAAAGGCAAAUCGCUGUUUGGCUCCAAGAGGUCUGGCAAAGGCGGAGCUGAAGCCCAAAUUUGGCGUCGGGGCAAUGCAUUCCAACUUGCUGCGCGCUGGGAUGAUAAUACUCCCGACAAAUGGUUUACCAUGUCUCUACCCUCUGAUUCUUCCAAUUCAUCCGGAGAAGGUACUCGACUCAGCUUCCCACGCCUGCCUUACAGCCGAGGAACAGUUCUGGAUAUGGCGAACAUUGUGACACGCAAUCCCAAAACUAUGAAUGUCGGUUCUCGAGAAGGAGCCGUUUCAAUUAUUUUCCAGACAUCUCACGAUCGAGAAGACUUUCUGGCAGCCUUGAAGGGAAGACCGUCUUAA